AUGCCCCCUGGGGGCCAGUGGGAGGUGACCAGAGGAGGGGCAAGAACAGUGUCUGCCUUUGUGGGGCAGAAAGGCCAGCAGCAGGCAGACCACAAGCCCAUACCUGUGGAGUAUGUGUCAGCAUGGCGGGCACACCGCGGCAGCGGGGAUGAGGGCAGAUGGGGUUGGGUCCAGCCAGCAUGGCCCGGCUCUCUCGCACCACCAACUCACUGUCCUCCUUCCAGGUGGUUCCACCCCAACAUCAGUGGGGUCGAGGCGGAGAAGCUGCUCCUGUCCAGGGGCCAGCACGGGAGCUUCCUGGCAAGACCCAGCCAGAGCUGCCCAGGUGGCUUCACGCUGUCCGUCAGGCGCCAUGACGAGGUGACCCACAUCAAGAUCCAGAGCACGGGCGACUACUACGAUCUCUACGGAGGGGAGAAGUUCGCGACACUGGCUGAGCUGGUGCAGCACUACACUGGCCAGCACGGGGGGCUGCUCCGAGAGCGCGGUGGGGCCCCGGUGGAGCUCCGGCACCCUCUGGGCUGCCAGGACCCCACAUCAGAACGGUGGUACCAUGGGCACCUGUCUGGCAAGGAGGCCGAGAAGCUGCUGACAGAGAAGGGGCGGCCCGGCAGCUUCCUGGUUCGGGAGAGUCAGAGCAAACCUGGGGACUUUGUGCUGUCGGUCCUCACACAGCUGCUGGAUAAGGCGGACUGCCAACCACGGGUCACUCACAUCAGGAUCCACUUCCAGCCGGAGGGGAAGUACGACGUGGGAGGUGGGGAGCAGUUCGACACCCUGGGAGAUCUGGUGGAACACUACAGGAAGAGCCCCAUGGUGGAGAGGUCAGGGGCCAUGGUGCACCUCGGGCAGCCCCUCAAGGCCACACGAAUCAAGGCUGCAAGCAUUGAGAGCCGCGUGCAGGAGCUCAACAAGGUCAUGGAUGCCAGCGAGAAGGCCAAGCAGGGCUUCUGGGAGGAGUUUGAGCUGCUGCAGCAGCAGGAAUGCCAGCUCCUGCAUCCCCGGAGGGAAGGGCAGCGGCUGGAGAACAAGCCCAAGAAUCGCUACAAGAACAUUCUUCCAUUUGAUACCACCCGUGUCGUGUUGCGUGACGUGGACAAGAAUGUGCCUGGGGCUGACUACAUCAAUGCCAACUACAUCAGGAGUGACCCAGAAGAGAAGCCAGGCCAUGGACUGGGCAAGUUGUACAUUGCCACCCAGGGCUGCCUGCAGACCACGGUAGCUGCCUUCUGGGCCAUGGUGCACCAGGAGAACACCCGUGUCAUUGUCAUGACCACCAGGGAGGUGGAGCGAGGCCGGAACAAGUGUUUCCGAUACUGGCCAGAGCUGCAUGGCAGCCAAGGGUAUGGCCACCUGCGUGUGCGCAACGUGGCUGAGCACUGGGCUCAGGGCUAUUGUGUGCGGGAGCUGCAGGUGUGGCAGCCAAACCAGGAGGAGUCGCAGCGCGUUGUGAAGCACUAUCAGUACUGCAGCUGGCCGGACCAUGGAGUCCCGGCCGAGCCUGCCGGCGUCCUGGGCUUCCUGGACGAGGUGAACCGGGCGCAGAACAGCAUGCCAGGGGCCGGACCCGUGGUGGUGCACUGCAGCGCGGGCAUCGGACGCACUGGCACCAUUAUUGUGAUUGACAUCCUAGUGGACAUCGUUCGCAGGCAGGGGCUGGACUGCGAUAUCGACGUCCCCAAGACGAUCCAGCUGGUGCGGCGACAGCGCUCCGGGAUGGUGCAGACGGAGGCGCAGUACAAGUUCGUGUACCUGGCGCUGCAGCGGUACAUCCAGGGACAGCAGCUGCGCCUGCGCGAGCAGGAGGCGGGGCCGGUCCGGGGCGGAGCCAGCGCGGGCAUCACCAUGGUGACCAGCGGUCCCUCCCCUCAGCGCGAGCCGCCUAAGGAGCACGACUCUCUGAACGUGGGCGCCUUGCCAGCCGACCGCGGCUGUAGCCCGGGACCCGCGCCGUCCCCGGCACCCGAGGCGACCCCAGAGGCCUCCGGUCGCGAGUACGAGAACCUGCUGGGCCUCAGGCCCUGAGAGCCCCGCGUGCGAGCGCCCUGAGUAGGGCUGGAGCCGUGCGAGGAGACGGGAGGCCAGCAAGGCCGGCCCUCGCGUUCCUCCGAGGGACUGUGUUUAGGACUGCAGACCAGCGCCCAUGCCAGAGCGCGCGGGGGAGGGCGCCCAGGCCUGCCCCUCAGACCUGCCCUAACCCGGCCUGCACGCCCAGGAAUGGGGAGGGGCGCUCAGGAGUUGUGUUGCUGGCCCUCCAGGGGCUCCCAGGCGAAGGUGGAGGAGGAGAGGCAGGGCUGCUGUUUGUCUUGGUGUGGUAUGGGAGGCCACCAGUGACCACCUGCAUGGCGCAGUGACCACGUGUGACUUUGUGUGAGCCACGUAUUUGAGUGUCACGGCCUGUAUUUGGCACAUGAGCAAGUGAGUGGCAGUCUGUGCUUGACCAGACUGUAGUCACCGGCGUUUGUGGCCCCUGCCCUGCAUCCUGUGCAUCCCCCCGUACCCCUUCGGAGCUGCUCCUCCCCCUGCCCACAGCCAUGGUCUGGGAUGUGGCCCAGGCAGUGGCUCAGUCCCUGCUGUGUCCAAGCCUGGCCCAGACCAUCACAUUGCCGUCAUGUGUGGAUAAAUGCUUGUUGAACGAGGGAAUGUGUGACGUGCUCCUGUGACCAUAUGAUGAGGGCGAGGCUCCAUGUGUGCAUGACUGGUGUGUGGCACUGUGACGUCACUGCACGUGGCCCAUAGUUGCAGCCUCGUGUCACAGAUGGCCCUGUGGCCCUGUGGUAUCCUCAGUAAAAUGCCUUAUUCUCA